GCCGCGGAAGAGGGUAGAAGGAGCAGAAGGCUGAGCUAAGGCCGAGGCCGAGGCUGACGCUAAGGCCGAGGCCGAGGCUGACGCCGAGGCCGAGGCCAAACCAUCCGACAUGGCCCUGAACGAAAAUAGUGGGAACCCUUUCGCCGAACCCAACGAAUUUGACAACCCCUUCCAGGACCCAGCUGUAACCCAGCACCGACCCAGCCCCCAGUAUGCCACACUCGAUGUCUACAACCCCUUUGAGAACCGUGAGUCACCACCAUCCUAUGAGCCACCUGCCCCGUUGCCUCCACCUACAGUCCAGCCCCACCAGCAGCCCUCCAGAAAACUUAGCCCUACAGAACCCAAGAAUUAUGGCUCCUAUAACACUCAGGCUUCAGCUGCAGCAGCCAUAGCAGAACUUCUGAAAAGGCAGGAGGAGCUCAAUCGAAAGGCAGAGGAACUAGACCGUCGGGAGAGGGAGUUGCGACAUGCAGCCCUGGGGGGUUCUGCCACCCGACAGAACAACUGGCCCCCACUGCCCUCAUUUUGCCCUGUCCAACCCUGCUUUUUCCAAGACAUCUCCAUGGAAAUUCCCCAGGAGUUCCAGAAGACAGUGUCUACUAUGUACUACCUCUGGAUGUGCAGUACUGUGGCCCUUCUCCUGAAUUUCCUUGCCUGCCUGGCCUGUUUCUGUGUGACCCCCAUUUCCAGUGGCUCUAGCUUUGGGCUCUCUAUCCUCUGGGCCCUGCUCUUCACACCCUGCUCCUUUGUCUGCUGGUACCGCCCUAUGUACAAAGCUUUCAGGAGUGACAGUUCAUUCAAUUUCUUCGUUUUCUUCUUCAUUUUCUUCGUCCAGGACGUGAUAUACGUGCUGGCGGCUAUUGGCAUCCCAACAUCAGGAUUCAGUGGCUGGAUCUCUGCCCUGGUGAUGCUGAAGCUGAACACAGUUGUGGCUGUCCUCAUGCUCCUAGUAGCCUUGUUCUUCACUGGCAUCGCUGUGCUGGGCAUUGUGAUGCUGAAGCGGAUCCACUCCCUGUACCGCCGCACCGGUGCCAGUUUCCAGAAGGCCCAGCAGGAAUUUGCUGCCGGUGUAUUCUCCAACCCUGCAGUCCGAACAGCUGCUGCCAAUGCUGCUGCGGGUGCUGCCAACAAUGCCUUCCGGGCCCCAUGACCUCCCCUUUCUCACCUACUUACCCCCUUCCCCAAGUGGUGCACUCCAACCUCAGCUCUGGAUGAUGCUGGCUUUACUUCCCUGUUUCUCAUCUCUCCCUAGGAUUGACUUUGGACAGAGACAAGCGUUUUUAUUCUUUGUCUCUUCUCCUUAAUCUUUGUGGCAGUGAGAACUGGCCUACCCAAGAGGGUGAGGGGACCCCGGGGUACUGAUCCCAGCCCCAACCACUGCCCAGCCUCCCACCCCAGGCCUCACCAAGCUGCUGCUCCCUCACCCCACCUUGGGACACUCCUCCUCCCGCCCCCUUUCCCUCUGCUGUGCCAAGCCAAGGCCAAUGCUAAAGUUAUUUAAAUAAAGGAAAGUAGAACUUGGA